UGAACAGCUGUGAGCCGGCUGUGUAUUACCCAUUUUUGUAAUUUUAUUAGUUUAAUAUAACAACAAUGGAUGAAAUUGAAUAUAAAUUGAAAACAAAUAAUAGUAUUUUAAUUGUCAAUGCGAUAGAUAAAUUAUUAUCGACAAUAAAAUCAAAAUAUAAGCCUGGUGAACGCCCAAAGUUUGUGUUAGAGAACGAGGAAUUAAAAUAUUUAAGGGAUAAAUGUGCUUCUCCUGACAAUAUGGUGAGCUUGACGGCGUGUCAGGGGCUGCUGGCCUUGGUCGAGCUUGGAGUUCUCGAAAUAGCCCAUACUAUGUCAACUGUCGUCACAUUACUUCCAAGCACACAUAACUACUCAGCGAUCAUAUCAACAAUGGCUGGCCUUUUAGUUCUGGAUUUAAAGUCCCGCUUGAUUCCAGGACAACAAUACAAGUGUCAGUUUUCACUAAAAUCACCACAGCACCCAUUCAUAACUGUUCUGGAAAAGAAUAAAGAUGCUGAAGAUGAUGUGUUGGCACAGAUGCACGCUCUGUGUACACACCCAGAGUAUACGAUUGCAUCAAACAGCUUAGAACUCUUAAGGUCGGUGUUUCUCUGGCUCACAUGUAGCCCACAUCGAAGCCACAGUAUCAGGCCAUGGCAGUUGCUGCUGAGCUUACCUCAGUCUGAUGCUCAGUCCAAACUAUUGCUUUCCUGCAUCAGCUGUCAACAGGUUUGUAACCCAAAGCAAAUAGAGCAAGCGUAUGCAGCAUAUUCGGCGGUGACUGACGCAGCGAUCUAUCAGCAACGUCGCGAGCACGUGGUGGCCCUCAUGCCCAUGCUCGCGAGAGUUUGUGCUGAGUUAGUAACACAUGGACGCGACCCGCGCGGCUGCUACAGUUUGAUCGAAAGGUGUUGUGCGCUGGACGCGCCCGAACUGAAAACGGUCGCCGGCUUCACCGUCAUGUUGCUCGCGCAGAACUUGAUUAACACCUCCGCGCUGUAUCUACAUGAAUUGUUUAAUCUGUGUCUUAAUAUAAUUAGUAAGUAUGAAUUCUCGUCCAUAUGUCUGAACUCCUUCGUCGGACUAUCGCUACAGUGGCUCCAUCUACCGUCAUACUUAACAAACAACGCCUUAAAAGUAGCCUCCAAAAUCGUAGACAUACAUCAAGAAUCCAAAAAUCCAGACACGGGCCUUCUAAUAGCGAAUUUAAAGUCGAAUGCAACUUUCCAAGCCCUAGUUCACGUCGACAAAGAACUGUACGUUUAUUAUAAGUUGCUUAAUACCUGGGAACGAUUGAGAGAUAAUGAGGACAAAUUAAAGAGUUGGAUCGAAGGUUUGAUGAACACGAACGAACAGUUGAAAUUGGAGCUACUAACAUUUUUUAUAGGGAUUGUAAUGGACAGGCAUGGGAAUUUGGACAUUGUUUUGAAGUGUAUAAGGCUGAUUAUCGAUUUAGUACGAGUGAAGAAGGAAGUUUCAGUGACGGUGUUGCCAGUACUAUUGUAUAAAAUAGCGAACGAUGUCCGACCGGGUGUUAAGUUGGAGUGCUUGAAGGGUUUGCCAUUGAUGGCUACAACUAAAGAAAACGUUCCAGCGCUGGUAGCGAUACUGAACAAGUUGAAAGUUGGAAGAGGCGUUCCAAUUUCUCUGCUAAUCAUGCUCUAUACGAGUCUUGCCGAAACACAGGCCCGCUGCUUCCCGUACCUGCAGGAGACGUUGUCGGAGAGCUCCCCCGCGGAGUUGAAGUGGGAACUCGACGCGGCGCGUGCGCAGGCCGUUUUGAAGAUAUGUGAGCUACGGCCGUCCAGCAACGGCCUGGAGCUGGUGUCCGUGAUAUCGUCGCUGCUGACGCGCUGCUCGGACCGCGCGGGCGCGGCGGCCAGCUCGCUGGCGCUGGCGGCGCUGGCGCGGCUGUGGCGCGCCGCCGCCGUGGCGCCGCCCGGCGCCUGGCGCGCCAUCGAGCCCCGCCUGGCGCGCGACUCGCGCCCCGCCGUGCAGCUCAGCCUGUGCAAGCUGCUGUCGGAGAUCCCGGCGCUGCGCGUGCCGACGGCGGAGUUCGAGCAGCUCGUGUGCGACACGGCGCGCCGCCUGUGGCAGUUCGUGGCGGAGGCCGACGAGCCCGCCGUGCUGGGCGCCGCCUGCGACGCGCUGGCGCUCUACAGGGUCGACGACUACAAGCUCAAAGAUAUACCCGAGAUCUACCGACGUACAGUCAAACUGCCGCCAUCGUACUGUAAGACGCCCGCCGACGCGGCUCGGAAACCCGAGGAUGUACUCGACUAUGUGCCUUGCGAAGUCUGGCCGGAAGUAUUCAAGAAUUCAAACCAAAUCGCUCUGCCGAGCGUGCAGCGCCUCGUGUCGAAGUUGAUGGAGCGCGAGAUCAAGUCGUACCGGAGCGGCGUGUACGGCCCGCAGGCGCGCGAGCCGCCGUCGCUGGCGCACCUGCCGCCCGCCAGCGUCGUGCGCGGCCUCAUGGAGUGCUUCCGGAGACAGGCGACUUCUCCAUCCUACGACUACCCAGAAGCGGUUCUCCUGGCCAUACUCCACACUCUCUCAGCGGAUUACCCGAAGCCUCUACCACCUCUUGACUUCUGUUUCCUCCACGAAGUGUUCCACAGGGGUUAUCACUGGAAGGCAGGCUGCGUGAAACUGGCGGCCAGGCAAGCUAGCACCUCGGUGUCUGCCAAACGUUUGAUCGAGAACUUCCUGCAGAGUAUCGUGCCCGGACGCAGCGAGGAAUCUGACAUAAUGCUGUUCUUCGAAAACCUCCCGAUCUUCUGUCGAACCGUACCUCCGAACAACAUCCGAACACCUCUUGAGAAUUGUCUCACUGAGUCCUUCUAUCAGCUACCAAAGUCGAGUCAGGACCCCGAGGAGCUGCUCUUCAUCAAGCAGAUGAGGAUUAUCAAAGAAUGUUUGGAGUCGGAUAGGAUACAUGACGCCAAUAGGACCCUCCUCUCGCAAAUCGUCGAAAACUAUUUUUCGGCUCUCGACGAUGAUCAUUUGGUGUGGCCGGUGUACCUGGAGACGUGCGCGUGGCUGCCCACGAAGCACCUGGAGCGCAUGACGUCGCCGGCGGGCUGGUGGGAGGUGUCGGGCGCGCUGCUGCGGCGCGCGGCGCGGGUGCGCGCGGCGCUGGCGGCGCGCGGCCUCGUGUGGCUCAACGAGCUGGUGGACGCGCACGCCGCCUGCCCGCCGGAACAAGAGAACUUCCUUCGCUGCAUAUUGCCGGCGCUGCAGGCCGCCAAGACCGACGAGCAAUCGACCACGGACUGGUUUCUGCAGCUGCUGGCACGGACGCAAGUCGCUUUUAACGAGACGGAGGACGAGGCGCAGAAGCUGUUCCUGUGCGACGUGUUCUUCCUGAGCGUGGUGGUAUUCAGCGGCUUCUGGUCCCUCGAGCCGGACGCGGCGCGCGGAGCCCUGCGGCGCGCGCUGCCCGGCGCCGCCGCCGCGCUCGUCGGGCGCCACAGCUGGCGCGCCUGCGCGCUGCCGUUAUUGGAAUGGCUGUGCCACACACGCGACACCAUCCGGGAGCCGAACACGGCGCAUUGCUGCCAGCGCGCUCUGCUCGCACUGAGGCACACGGAACAGUUCACUACGCAGAAGAUCUGGAUGAGGAUGAGGAAUAUUGAAGAGAUCUAAGGAGAUGGCAAAUGAAUUAUGGAAAGACUGCUAUCGCGUUAGAAGAUUCAGAAGCUUGUUAAUGAGAUAUUAAAAUGAGUGUUGCCAUGUAUUAUAUUACGAUAUUUAUAAAAUUCAUGAACAACGUUUUUAAAUGUUAAUCUGCCCAAGUACUAUACAAAGACAACAGUGUAAUAACAGGAACAAGGGACAUAACAUCUAAGAUCUAAGGGUUGGUUUCUUAAUUUAAAUUAAAUGGGAGAUAUUGAUCUCUUACCUUCUAGUAAUUCCUCUCUAUGGUGCUUCUCUAAAUCAAAAUCAUGUAACCUUCAGUUUCUAAAACCAUCAGCCAGAAUAAUUAAUUAACAAUCUGAUCGCUCAUUGGUCGUCUAUUGCGUCAUCUGUGUGACCGACCAAUGACCAUUCAGAUUAAAGCUAAAUCAAUUUUUCCCUUUAAUGAGCGUUUCAAAAACCAGAGAUAAAACAAUGUAUUUAAUUUCAUAUGUCUAAUCUAUAAUAAGGAGUUUCAAGUAGCCUUUAAAUAUCUGAGUGAAAGACUGAAUUUGAACUUUAUUAUUGCUUGAGACAAAUCC